GUCGAAUUCAUCCGGGAGGAAUCUGUUGGAGUUCACAACAGCAGAUUCCUAUGCACAGGCAAAUAAAAGAGCUAUCAGAGCUGAAGAAACCUCAAACAUCAAUUCAGAUGAUCUUGAGGACAGCCGAAAAAAAAACGAGAAGAUAUGAAUCUUAUUCAUUGUCAGAUGAUGAUGUGCCAGUGGUCAAAAAUGGACAAAAAAAGCCCCCCAAAGUCAACAAAUUCAAUGUCGAUUACCAAAACCUCCAAACCCAGAGGGCGCCAGCGGUACCUCUACAGAUAGGCCCAAUACUGCCAGACCUGCCAGUUUUUUUAUCAACGCCGAUUAGGAGACCUGACAUUGAUGUUGCUGGUACUCCUGUUGGUCAAGACGCCUUUCAAAGAAUCGUGUUGAUGAAGUUGAAGAAACUUCUGGACAACCAGCAGCGAAUCCUGCAUUUGCUUGCUCAACGGAAACGUGCUGAGCCGAUGGCAAGUACGCAUUUUGAAAUCGAGGACAUCAGACUUCCCGAAAGUCGUCGGUCCGACGGACAUGACCGGCAAAUUUUGACCCGGUCCGACGAUUUCUGAACAAAAUUCGGUCCGACUGUCCGGCUAUUUUUUAUUCCCGGUGACCGGGUUUUAUCAUAAAAUCCCGGUAACCGGGUUUUUGCAUGAGGGCCUUAGAAAAACGUUACACAAGUUUGCAUUGGUCGCUUUCGGCACAGUGCCCGUAGAAGAACCAAUCGGUGCGCAUGUUAUAUACUGUCAGUCAUUUGCGCAUCAAACAUGGCUUCUCUAACAUUUUACGAAUGCUAGUUAAUAAAGAGAAAAUUAUCAAUCGAUGAAUGCUCUGAAAGGAAAAUGAAUAUGAAACGAAAUGUCAUCAAAGAAUUAUUUUGCGAAAUGGCAAAGAAACAGGAAAUGACUUGUUAUUGACAAAGAAAAGCAAGUAAUAACCUGCGAUGAUGAUGGUGAAACUCAAACCUCCAGAAACAGAAACUUAUGGACACUUUGCUGGCAGAGUCUAGAUGUGCCUGCAUAUAAUCGAACAGACUACACCAGAACCAUUGUCAUCACAGGAGGUUGUCACCCUGUCCAACACUGACACAGUCCUUACAUCAGGCUCUUGAAAUGGAGAUUUAACACUCUCUGUGACAAACAGGACCUUAAACCCGAUAUUGAUGAGGAGUGUUUUGAAUAUCAAGAUCAACUUUUGAAUUUUGACAGAGUGAUUAUGAUAAAGCAUUUAUUAAGAAAUAAGCUGCUAUUGAUGAAUAAAGCAAUGUUAUUACUUUGUUUUUUGUUUCGGUCUGACAGAUUUCCUUUCGGUCUGACAGAUUUUUAUGUCUUGUCAGACCGAAUGUCUGCCACUUUUUUUCAACUUUCAGGAAGUCUGGGACAUACUUACCAAGCCUGCUGAAGAUGAUGAGGAAUUCGCAUCAUUAAACAGACAGCUGGAAGAAAAUCCAGACAAGUCUAAACAAUUGACGCAGUUCCUGGCUUCCCUUGGAGGAAAAGACCUGUCAAAACAGACGAGAAAUGUGAUGCGCUUUGUGGCCAGGAACCCUGUUUGGUCUCGUUUUAGUUUGAAGGGACGAAAAAAGAAAGAGGCAUUGGAGAAACUCCCUAUGUGGAGACCAAUUCUAAAUGCUUUACUGAAGGAUAAAGGUUGCCCGAGCCAAACAGAUGUAGAGUUCCAAGUUGCUGACUUCCUAAAAUAUGCAACCCACCAAGGAAGCUUGUUACACAAGAAACUCAACAUGGAUGCUAUGGAAGAGAAUCCAGUACCAAAGUGAAAAUUUGCAGAUGUGUAUGAGAGUGCUGAAAGAUUUUAUUCAGUUUUGUGCUUUGACACUGAAAAAGAAUUUUGCUGUAAUUCCAAACUAUUAUUGACCUAUUUUAAAAUGUGAACAUUUGAAGUGAGAAAUGUUUUUGAAACUUGUAACAUACCAAAAGUCAAUAUUUUACUUAACUUUUUAUUUAGAAGAAUAAUUUGGAGUUUCUGUUGGGUAUUUUCAUGAUACUAUGAUGGGCCAUGUAAAAAAAUGUGGAUUGUAAUCACUCUGUUAUUUGUUUGUCCACAUGUUAUGUUAAUGAAUUUCAGGUAUCUGACCCACAAUUGAGCUAGCCUUCUCCAUAGAACUUAAUGUUAAAUUUGAUUGCUGGUGACCGAAUACAAUUUUAGUAGUAUUAGAAAUGGGUAUUGCUGGCUGAUUAAAAAUAUAUGAAGUAAACAAGUUUAUAUAUAUUAUUGACAAAGUAAUGGCAAUUUUUGUUCUUUAUUUGGUGCGAAAUGACAUUUUACAAUAUUCCAAGGUCAAAAAUGAAUACUUCCAGGUUUUUUAAUCUUUAUAUAUAUAUCCGGUCUCAAUUCAUGAAAUUCUUUCAAAUUAUACCAAAGUAACAUGGGGUCACCAUGCAGGCAUUAAAAUUUACUUCAUUAACGGUUGGAUGCCUUAAAACCAUAAACUAACUUAUCUUAUGUUAAGUUUGAUCACAGUAAGAAUACUCUUUUUAAUAUAUAUUUUUUUGCAAUGUCAAGGUCUGUAUAUUUAACUAUGUGAGCCUAAUUUAGCAUUUGACUCUUGCACACUACUUACACAAUAAAUAUGUGACACUGUUUACAAUAUUAUUGUCUCCCUCUAAUAAAACAUUUUAUGUAAUUUAUGAACCUUUGUCAUAUUUCAACAAAACUUUACUUUAAUGAACAUUAAUGAACACAAUUAACUUGUUAUAUACCAGUAGACUUGAUAAUAUUCCUUCACACUGCGCCUCCCCCUGUUCAAAUAUGUUAUCAUUCUAGUCCCAUAAUGUUACAUUCUGUGAUGGUUCUAGUUCGCAUAUAUUGUUUGUUUGUCAUUUUUCUCAUUCUCAGGAAAUAAAUAAAAGACAAAAGAGUA